GUGGCGCCAAAGUAGCAACCAACCGUUGAACGGCAACAAGCGUGUGAACUGUGAAAACGAAAACGUAACUGUAAAGCAAAAAAAACGUUAACUGUGGAAACGGAAGUGUUCGUUCGAAAACGGCAACAAAUAAUCGAAAACGAAUUGAAGUUUGAACGGCUGCAAAGCUGAAUUCUAUUCACAAAAAAGGUGAUUUAUGAAAAGGACACACUUUUCAACUUACCGACAUCGGCAAGGCUAACCACAGCAACAGCAACAACAUAGGCACAAUAACAAUUUGAACAUCAACACUAAUCCCUGACUGAAACCGAGGACGCAACGCUGGAAGGCAAGGCAAGCCAAGCAUUAAAUAUAUAAAAAUAGAUAAAAGUCACACAGCGAUCUCAACCUAAAGCCACACAAAUGCAGCGCAACGCGUUCCUCAUGUAUGCCUUGCCCGCAGCCGUUUUGCUGCUCGGAAACUGUUGGUAUGCAUACGCAUAUGUCGCCUUGCCAGCAGCGGCCGCCGCAACAGCCGGAGCCGGAGUCGGAGCCUCGGACGCCGGCGCAACAGAUACGAAGAUGUAUGCCAAGCAUAUGGCGGAAUUAAUGACCGGCACAUAUCCUGAUAGGGCGGCUGCUUCAUCGGCGGGUUAUUUGAACGAUGUAGCCGGAAGUAUUGCUGUGCAACCACCGCACCAACUGCUGAAUGAGCCUAACGGACGUGCUGCGGUCUACGAUCCGGGUGAUGAGCUACUCCGCGCUUUGAACGCCGAAACUGCCAUCAAUGGCCAGGAGCUCGGCACGCUACCCGAAGAACCCGAUUACGCUGACACUGUGUUUAACGAACUGGAAGUGGCAAACAAAUAUGAGAUGUUACACAAAUUGGAAAAAGAUUUACGCGCCGAACAGGAAAUUGUUACUAAAUCAGCAUUGUUAAUGAAAAUGCUCGAGGAUCCGAAUAUACAAACGCUGCCGGUCAUUUAUGUCGAGGAGGAGGACGAUGACGAACCAUCUGAUGAAGACGCCGAAAUAAGCAGCAAUAAUGUGGCAUAUCGCUUGGGCGGACUGGGCGCUGGUGUGGCAAAGCGUUCGCGUUACUAUCGCCGCUAUCCAUGGAAGCGACACAAUAGGAAUCGCAGCACUUACGAGCCAGAGCUGCGUUAUGCCUGCACGCCCACCAAAGAGGAUGUCUUCAAGCUGCUGAUGAACCUGCAUGAAAAUCGCAAAGGCAAUCACAGCAAAACUGUAAACUUCUGCAAUCGCAAGCGGCCAGCUAAAGCCAUUUUCACCAACAUACGCUUUCUGGGUUAAGCUGACCAGCGACACUGUUAAGCAAACAUAUUUAAAGAGGCAACGGAAUACGACACAGAAAUAUUUUAAAACGAUGCUGACAUGAAACGGAAAUCAAAAUGUGGCGGAAGAAAUUAGGAAUAUUGUGUGUUUGCACGGCACUUGGCUGGAAGCAAUUGUUUACAGAAAUUAGCGUAGCUUUUUAACAUAAUUCGCAAUCAAAAUUCUAUAUGUACUUAUAAAUUAAAGUAAAGUAAACUCAGUAAAUUAAAAAAAAA